UUGAAAAUGCAUUUUUAUUAUCUAUUACUUUCUUUACAGGGUUGUUAUGAAAUUUGUGGAAAAAUAUCUAUGAAUCAUCAACGGAAUUUGAAGAAUGCUGUGUGUUAUCCUGCAAAUAAUAUAGAAGUUGGACAAGCAUCAGAACAGAAAAAGGGAAAAACGGAAAACCCUGUCUCCUUCUCAGCGGUUCAGUCAAAGGCUUUAUCAGAACUUCGCAAGCAGACUGCAGAUAUAUCCGUUGUUGAUGUGAUAUCGCAAAUAGAAUCAACACAGAAAGACUGGUUUGUUCCGGCACAGUUGCGGAGUUAUACGACACGUUGUAUAGAGCUCUGUUGGCUAAUGCACGUUCAAACUCCACCUGUUGUCAUUGACAGGAGCCCCAAGCCAGGAUCCAAAUUUGAUACCAACAAAUAUAAACAAUAUACAAAAGCUGGAAAGAAAAUAGACUUCAUUGUUUGGCCUGUAUUGUUGUUGGAAGAAGGGGGAGCUAUUUUGUGUAAAGGAGUUGCUCAAGGAACAUAGUAAAUACAGUUUCAGCAGCAGAAAUUACACACAUAUUUAGUUUAUUACACUUUCGCACACGUUUUUUUAAAAAAAAAACUAUUUUGUCAGCUACUCAGGAGUGACCAUAAACAUUUUAGUUCGCAAACAGUUUUUACAUCUAAGUCUUUACUAUGUUAAAUAUAUGAUUAUAAUCCAUGCACACAUAUAAACAAUAAAAAAUCCUUCCCAUGUACAUGUAAAUAUUGCGUGUUUUAAUCUUUGUGAAGCUUGUAAUAGCGAUUAUACAUUCAAUGUAUUAAAUAUUCCAAUUUCAGUUGAAAACAUGUUUACUUUUUAAAGGAAUACUAAUGUCAGUGUGAUUUUAAAUUAUUUUUUACUCAUAAUCAAUAUUCAGUCGUAGUGAAUUUUGUAUGUUACAAUUAUUUUAACGUUGUUACGUUUCUUACAUAAAAUGUAUGAUACUUUGAUUUGAUGUAUGUCUGUCCGUCCUCCGUCCGGCCGACUGUCUGUCUGUACGUAGUCUGUA